GUUAAAUUUUAACAUAUUCGUUAUAGAAUUACCACUAUUACCUUUUUUCUAUUUUUACUUUUUUUAUUCGAUAUGAGCAUAGAUUGAUAUGAGUGAAAAGAGUAAUAGGAUUCUACAUUAAGAGCUCGAACUCAGUAGGAUCAAAAAGAAUUUCCGAACUCAGCUCAUGUCUAAUGUCACAACUGUCUUAAAUCACAACAAUUUUUGACAAGGCUUUUUAAACAUUUAAAUUUUGUUUAUAAAGUUAAAGUUCAUUUUUUAAUUAUGGUUGUUAAUGGUAAUAAUAAACUAGCGGAGGAUUUAGAGCGACAAGAACUUGAGGCCCCUAAUGGAGUUCCUUCACCUCAAGUAUAUCAACAACUUUUAGCCAUUUAUCUCUACCAGAAUGAUUUAUGCAAUGCAAAAUAUCUGUGGAAACGAAUUCCCCCAACUGUAAAAGCAUCAACCCCAGAACUUGUUAAUAUCUGGGCUGUAGGUCAGAGUAUGUGGACUAGAGAUUUCCCAGCAAUAUACAAGGCCCUAAAUGCCGUAACUUGGUCUGAUACAGUAGCUGAAAUUAUGAAACAAGUUCAAGAGGUUGUCCGAGCGAGAGCUGUAGAUUUAAUAUCUCAAGCAUACUCAUCCAUAAGCUUGGAGGCAGUGUCAGCGAUGACGGGAUUGUCUCCAGAAGUCUGUAUACCUGCCUGUGCUGAAAGAGGCUGGAAUUUUGAUGCAGAUACCAAAAUGAUACGUCCUAUUAGACAAGUUAUUGAACAUUUAGGCCAGACUAGUAGUGAAGAUCAACUGUCUAAAUUGACUGAUUUUGUGUCUUUUCUAGAGAAUUGAAGUCUAUUAGGUUUUGUGUUAG